UGCAGACGUGCAAGUAAGAGGAGCGGAAGCUUCAUGGCGCCCUGCUACACUGCUGGCUCACACUAGCGGCUUUAGAUCCUCUUUCGUUUCGUCUGCUUUCAUUUUAGGUCCAUUGAAGCUACUCGUCUUCUGUCGAAAACAUGGCAAGGCGAUAUGACACUCGGACAACAAUCUUCUCUCCCGAAGGGAGGUUGUACCAAGUGGAGUAUGCCAUGGAGGCCAUUGGUCAUGCAGGCUCAUGCUUGGGGAUUCUAGCAUCAGAUGGGAUUGUUCUUGCUGCUGAGCGUAGAAAUACCAACAAGCUUCUUGAUGAAGUGUUCUUUUCUGAGAAGAUUUACCUCCUCAAUGAUGAUAUGGCAUGCAGUGUUGCUGGGAUCACAAGUGAUGCCAAUGUUCUCACAAAUGAACUUCGUCUUUUAGCCCAACGCUAUCUCAUUCAGUAUGGAGAAUCCAUACCAUGUGAGCAGCUUGUAUCGUGGCUUUGUGAUGUCAAGCAGGCAUACACACAGUAUGGAGGAAAGAGACCUUUUGGUGUGUCCAUUCUGUACAUGGGUUGGGACCGGUAUUAUGGGUUCCAGUUAUACCAAUCAGACCCCAGUGGAAAUUACAGUGGUUGGAAGGCAACCUGCAUUGGGAAUAAUGCAGCUGCUGCUGUAUCAAUCCUGAAGCAAGAAUACAAAGAGGGAAAUACCAAUUUGAAGGAUGCUCUUUCUCUGGCCGUGAGAGUGAUUGCCAAGACUCUUGAUGUUACGAAACUAACUGGAGACAAAUUGGAAAUAGCGACCCUGACCAGGAAGGAUGGAAAGACCAAAAUCACCAUCCUCCCCCUGAAGGAAGUGGAACAGUUGGUUGCAGAACAUGAGAAAGCAGAGAAAGAGGCCGAAGCUGCACGCAAAGAGAAGGAGAAGCAGCAGAAGACAUAGCAGCUCCUUUUCUCAUCCGGCCAUUGUGGACCUUUCUUUAAUUUACUCCACUGUUUAAGAACUAUAUUCUAAUUCCGAAUCCAUUAAAGUGAACUUCAUAAGCAAA